AUGGCAACUAAACAGGCGACAUUCAAAACCUCGGGCACGAUGCCUGAUGUGAACGGCUCUGCGAAUACAACCGCAGAGCCUCAUCUACAAUCACGGUUGGUGAUGGCUUCUCAAGUUGAAGAAAAGAACGGCAAUGCUGAUAACGGGGCUCUUCUUUCUUUCUCCAAAAUAGAUCAGGGCACAAGUCUUGAUUCUAAAUUGGAAGAUCAUACCUCGCUCCAGUCUACUCGCAGUGUCCCGCCUCCCUCGGACGACGAUAACGACGACGGUCGCAUAGCCACCGAAGACGAAGUGCGCGAUCUACUCCACGUUGUUGACAAUGUUCCCGGUCGCGUUUGGGCAGCCUGUAUCGCGGGCAUCCUGGAACGCUUUGUUUGGUACGGAGCGACUGCUCCGCUGCAGAAUUACCUACAAAAUGCUGCCGGCGGAGAAGUCCCUGGAGCCCUUGGACUAGGCGAGGCUACGGCUACAAACAUCGUCAAUGCCUUGUUCAUUCUCUCGUACAUCGCCCCCGUACCUGCUGCCGUUGUUGCCGAUAGCUGGCUGGGUCGCCAUAAGACAAUGAUUUACGCUGCUAUUAUCGAGGCUGUCGGAGCCACUAUCCUCUUCGCAACUUCACUGCCUGUCGCCAUCCGAGAAGGGGCUGCCUUGGGCGGGGUAAUCGCUGCCUGCAUUCUCAUGUCUCUCGGAUCUGGUUCAUUUAAUGCUACUGUCGUGCCUUUCAUUGCCGACCAAUACGACGAGGAAGAAUUCCGCAUUAGAACUAAGAAGGGAAAGAAAGUUGUCGCUGACCGGGAGUUGACCAUUACAUACAUCUACAACGUGUACUAUUGGACGAUCAAUAUCAUUGGUUUCUUGGCCGAUUCUACACCGUUGUUAGAGCGGUACGUUGGCUUCUGGGUUGCGUACUUGGUUCCGUGCUGCGCUAUGUGGCUAGCUCUUCUUCCGGUCAUCUUUGGACGGAACUACUUUAUUCGAGUUGUGCCCACAACAAAUAUAAUGCCCCAGGUAUGCACCGCGCUGCGUCUCGGAAUCACAGGAGGCUUCAAGAUGGAUGCUGCAAAGCCGGACGCUCAGCUUCAGAAACAUGGUCGUCAAGUUCCUUGGACAGAUUCGUUCAUCGAGGACAUCAAACUGAGUCUACUCACCACCCGAGUAUUGAUUCUCUUCCCCAUCCACUGGCUCUGCUAUAACCAGACUUUCAACAACUUGAUCUCUCAGGCUGGGCAGAUGCAAACAUACGGUAUCCCGAACGACAUGAUGAAGAUCGCAGGUGCUAUCUCCGGAAUAAUCGUUGCUCCCAUAAUCCAGAAGGGCCUCUAUCCUUUCCUCACAAAGCGCAGAGUCUCCUUCGGACCAAUCGCACGCAUGACAGUUGGAUUUCUGGUUUUGGCAUUCGCAAUGGCCUAUACCACUGGUAUUCAGAAGCUUAUCUACCAGACAGGCCCAUGUUAUGAUCACCCCCUAGCAUGUGCUGCGGCGAAGGAUCGUACGAUUCCAAACCGCGUCUCGGUAUUCCUCCAGAUUCCCAUUUACUUUGGUGGUUCAUUGGCCGAGGUCUUCUGCUUUACCACGGGAACUGAAUAUGCCUACAACAAGGCUCCGAAGAGCAUGAAGACAUUGGUUCAGGCUGUCUGGCUUGGCAUGGGUGGAAUUGGAGCUUGUCUUGCUCUUGCCUUCACUCCCCUUUCUCAAGACCCCCACUUGGUCACAAUGUACGCAAUCUUGACUGGAAUCCUGGGUGGCGCGGGUGUAUUGCUAUGGGUGAUCUUUCGACGCCUGGAUAUGGUGAAAGUUAAGGAAGAAAACGAAUAG